AUGGAAGAAUCAAUCAGCCCAGUAUUAAGAAGACUUCGCAAUAAACCAGAAGCACCUCGUAUUGAUUUUAGUUUAUUCACACAAGACGAUGGUACAGUUGUUAGUACUAAGGAUCGUGUAAUAAAAGAUGUACCUGCACCUGCUGUUACUUUACCUACAGAUGAUGAAUUUUGGAGCAAAGAAAGACCUGGAUUACCUGACAUUAAGUUUUUGAAAGAUCAUUUUUAUAGAGAAGGAAGAUUGACAGAAGAGCAAGCAUUAUAUAUUCUUGAAAAAGGUACUGAAAUUCUCAAGACGGAGCCUAAUCUAUUAGAAGUAGGUGCACCUAUUACAGUUUGUGGUGAUAUUCAUGGUCAAUAUUAUGACCUUAUGAAAUUAUUUGAAGUUGGAGGUGAUCCUGCUAGUACAACUUAUCUCUUUUUAGGUGAUUAUGUUGAUCGAGGUUAUUUUUCAAUUGAGUGCGUAUUAUAUUUGUGGUCACUUAAAAUGUGGUAUCCAAAUAGUUUCUUUUUGCUACGGGGUAAUCAUGAGUGCAGGCACUUGACUGAUUAUUUCACUUUCAAAAUUGAAUGUCGUCACAAGUAUACUGAGAGAGUCUAUGAGGCAUGUUUGAAUUCUUUUUGUGCAUUACCAUUAGCUGCUAUUAUGAACAGACAAUUUCUAUGUAUACAUGGAGGCCUUUCACCUGAAUUACAAACACUAGACGAUUUAAAAAAAAUUGAUCGUUUUCGUGAACCACCUACACAUGGUCUUAUGUGUGACCUUCUUUGGUCAGAUCCACUUGAGGAAUUUGGACAAGAAAAAACAAAUGAAUUGUUUGUUCAUAAUCAUGUAAGAGGAUGCUCCUAUUUCUUUAGUUAUCACGCUGCUUGUCAGUUUUUAGAGAGAAAUAAUUUAUUAUCUAUUAUUCGAGCUCACGAAGCACAAGAUGCUGGGCAUGUUUCAUUCAUAGAUAUGCUUCUAUUCAGAUAUCGUAUGUAUCGAAAGAGUAAAACAACAUCAUUUCCUUCAGUCAUGACUAUUUUUUCUGCCCCUAACUAUCUUGAUCUAUACAACAAUAAAGCAGCUGUGCUAAAAUAUGAAAAUAAUGUCAUGAAUAUUCGACAAUUCAAUUGUACACCUCAUCCAUACUGGUUACCCAAUUUCAUGGAUGUCUUUUCUUGGAGUUUGCCAUUUGUUGGUGAAAAAAUUACUGAUAUGUUAAUUGCUGUACUUAAUGUAUGCAGUAAAGAGGAACUCGCAGAUGAAGAUAAAUUAUUAGAAAAUAAAUCAAAUAAUACGUUGGAUGAGUCUGAACAACGUAGGAUCGUUAUUCGCAAUAAGAUUAUGGCAGUUGGUAAAAUGUCUCGUGUCUUUUCUGUUCUACGUGAAAACUCUGAACGUGUAAUGGAAUUAAAAUCUUUGUCACCUACUGGUAAAUUACCUUUAGGAACAUUAGCUUUAGGUGUAGAAGGAUUAAAAUCAGCCAUUACAACUUUUGAAGAAGCUAAACGAUCUGAUCUUGAAAACGAACGUUUGCCACCUACACGUGAAACAAGAGAUCAAAUUUUAAGGGAACAAACAGAUUAUAAAAUCCGUACAGCGGUUAAUGAAGAAGAUGAAGAAAUGAAAGAUGCAGUCCAUGCUUUUGAUUAA